GGUCCAUCGAGCGAUCUUCCCAAAAUAUUUUCCAUUUCAAGGCUUCCUGGAGUUAUUCUAUGUGUCGCAGGGGUCGAAAGUAAGAAACAAAUGGGGGAGACGUGAGGUGAGAAACAGUAAAUGAACUAUGGUACUCAUGACCGAGCAGGGAGACAGACCUUUGACCCCGUUAUCCACACCAGAAGUUUUCAACAAGGACUCCCGAGGGAAUCGAUCGACAUCUGAAGUGGAGAAUGGAAGUGAAAGAACACAGAGGAGGCGAGGAUUGUCACCUGCAGACCUCCAGCUGUGCCUGGAUACAGAGUCAGAGCCCACCGAGAACCGGAAGAAACCGACCGGCCUGAGGCUGAAACCUGUGGAGCAGCUUUCACCCAUGCCGAGUCCAAGUGACGGAGAAACAAAGUUUGAAAGGAAGAAAUCCCAACACAGUCGGUUAUCAAAGACAAACGUCCAGUAUCAUAAGAUAUUCAAGGAAGUGUGCAAAGACGAAGUACUCAAACAAAGUUACACUUGUGCCCUGCAGAAAGACAUUUUAUAUCAGGGCAAAAUGUUCGUCUCCGAUAACUGGAUCUGCUUCCACUCCAAAGUCUUUGGCAAAGAUACUAAGAUUGCAAUUCCAGUGAUUUCAGUGACAUUUAUCAAAAAAACUAAAACUGCAUUAUUAGUGCCAAACGCCCUCGUGAUUGAAACGACAAGCGAGCAGCAUGUGUUUGUGUCCUUCCUGUCUCGUAACACCACCUACAAACUUCUCAAGUCCAUCUGCGUUCAUUUGGAGUUGGAUAAGACGUGCAGCAGCCCCAUUCCUUCCUCCUGUGAAAACAGCUUCAGAGUGACCUGCCCGUCGUCACUUCCUCUGGACUUUUCUGGAGACUUCUCUGACCUCCAAGGGGUGGUGCAGCAGAGACGGCAGGAGAUGAUGGAAAGCAGCAGCUCCGGCUCUCAAACUCCAGAUUAUGAGAAAAUGCCUGACUUCGCCGGCCUCCCGGACACAUUUCUAAGUGCAGUGAAGAGUGGAGAGGUUUCGGUCCAUGCAGACAUUCACCUCCAGACUCCCAGCCCAAAACAUGGAGCUGCACUUAAGAACGGGUCACCCAAGCCAGCCCGAGGAGUCACGCUCAAGGACAAACCCUCGCAGCCCGUGUCGUUAAACGUCAUCCUCCUCAUCUACUUGUUUCUAGUUAGUGUUCUUGUCUUGUCCUCCUGUUACAUGGCUUUCAAGAUUGUGGCUCUUGAGCAUCGUUUGAACUCGUUGGUGUCCAUGGGGGAAAACGUUCGGAAUGAAAAUGCUGUGAGCCACAGGUCUCAGGAUGAAGUGAAUGCUGAGAUUUAUGGAGAACUGUCUACCAACCUGUUCAAGCUCGAAAAGAUUCAAAGAAACCUCCGGAAGCUACUUGAAGAGACUUAAAAAGAAGACUGUUGUCUGUUUGUCUGUCUGGACAGAAGCUUUACUUUUAUUAGAAAUGCUGUUUGAUCACUUGCAGAGCGGCAGUGAUCCCAUUUGGUAAAAGAUGUGUUGCCAAAAUGUAGAAAAUCUUUCUUAAAAUUGUGUGAACUUUAGAUGAAAUUGUGCAAUAAUAGCUUCUUUUUUUUCCUCCCUUUAUUUUCUCUCCACUCAGGACUAUUUUAUCACUCUUUUGAAAGAAAAUGUUGUGCUGGAAGGUUGAAAAAGUAGUGUGCCAGACUUAGUGUUACUAAAGUGAUCUUUUUUAAAGCAUAGAUGUAGUAUUUAUCUAAGAACACUAUUUUGCAUUUGACAGUAGUGCGAUUUUUUUUUGUUUUUGUUUAUUAGUUUUUUUUAUCAGGUCCAAAGGUCCUCUUGCAAUGUUUUCCAAAUAUUUCAGAAAAGGUCAACGUGUGCUGUUCAUGUGUUUUUGUGUUAAGAGUGAAACUGACAGUAAAUAAUAUUUAUGUCAUGUAUAUAAAAACACUCGGCUAGCGAUGUUUCUAUGCUGUUAGGGUGUAAAUGAGAAGUGGUUGCUUAGUGAUAAUAUGUUGAAAUCAAAAAGAGUUAAAUUGGUAUUUUUUAUUGUAAAUGUGGACUUGUUACUAAAAAGCUUUAACAUAAUUUAUUAAAGGUCAAAUCUGUAAUUUUUCUAACCAUAUCAAGUUUAUUAGCGUGUUUUAUCUAAUCAUAACUUUAAAUUUGUUACCAUAAAACAUUUCCACUGAGACUUUGCUGUUGAGUUCUUGUGUUUUAAAUGAACGGUCAAUACUUUCAGGAUCAAUAGACGGUUUGGAGCUUUUCAACUAUGGUGGUUUUGUGACCCUUUUGUUUACAUUCAGUGUAGAUCACAGACUGUGCCUUUAAAUAUUGUUUGUACAGCAGCCCUGAAAUAAAUGGCUCUAAUACAUUGUCUGUUGGUUCAUCGC